AUGCCUCCCUAUACGACCACCACCAUCCUCGCCGCCCUAGCUGGCGCCGCUGGCGUGUCCGCCCACGGCUACGUGAACCAGAUCAUCAUCGACGGCCAGCAGUACGUCGGGUACAACCCCACCAUCGCGCCCUGGCAAGCCGAGCAUGACUCGAUCGGGUGGCAGAACUGGGCGACGGACACGGGCUUCGUGCCGUCGUCGUCGAUGCAGGACCCGGACAUUAUCUACCACCUGGACGCUAAGAACGCGCCCCUGACGGCGACGAGCCACCACGGGCCCGUCGUCGACUACCUCGCCAACUGUCACGGGGACUGCACGACCGUCGACAAGACGCUGCUCAAGUUCUUCAAGAUUGCCGAGAUGGGCCAGCUCGAGCUCGGGCCCGGCGGGGGCGCGACCGGUUACUGGGCGUCCGACAAGUUCAUUGGCGAUGGCGCCGCGUGGAAGGUCACCAUCCCCGAUAGCAUCGCGCCGGGCAGCUACGUCCUGCGCCACGAGCAGAUUGCGCUGCACCAUUGCUACGCGGAGGGUCUGACGCAGAUGUACCCGCAGUGCAUCAACCUCGUGAUCACCGGCGGAGGCUCCGACAACCCGGAGGGUGUCCUUGGCACGGAGCUAUACAGCAGUGACGAUCCUGGUAUCUUUUACAACAUCUACAACGAUGAGACCAACCCCGUCUACCAGAUCCCUGGGCCUGAGUGA